AUGGAGACGGCGGAGCAAAAAGAACUCCGUCGAGUCGCAUUUUUUGCGAUUGUCGUCAGUACAGUGGCUGUAAUAGCGGCCGUAGUCACUUUACCUAUGCUGUACAGUUAUGUCGCCAAUUUUCAGUCUCAUCUCAUUAUUGAGACCGAUUUUUGUAAGGUAAGCAGUCCUGAACCACGAUUUUUAUCUCUUCAUCUCAAAAACAUCGUUCAGACUCGUGCCAGGGACAUGUGGGCCGAGAUACACCACAUCGAUGGGCCAGAAUUCGCUCGUGCUAAGCGUCAGUAUGGUUCGUCACCAAAUCCACCACCAGCAGUCACUGGAUAUGGACCAGUUGUAAAUAGUGAACCAAAUCCUACUUGCUGUCCUUGUCAGCAAGGUCCAGCCGGGCCACCUGGACCUCCUGGAGACGAUGGUGAAGAUGGAGCCGAUGGAGCUAGAGGAAAUGAUGGUACAAAUGGAAAGGUAAGCGACGGUAGCAUGCUAGAAUCAGCCAUCAAUAACGAUGCAUGCAUAAUCUGUCCACCUGGGCCCCCGGGACCACAAGGAAUGGCUGGCGCCAAAGGUCCGCAAGGACCAAAGGGACCUGCCGGAGAAAAUGGUACCGAUGGAAAACCUGGACUGGCCGGUAUGCAAGGCCCAAUGGGUAUGAUGGGAAUGCCCGGGAGACAAGGUGUGGCUGGACCAAAAGGAGCUCCAGGACGAAUUGUCAAUGGCCCAGCUGGACCAGCUGGACCACCUGGACCACCAGGCCAGCAAGGACGCCCAGGACCACCCGGACAAACCGGUCCACAAGGACCACAGGUAAAAAACCAUCAGAUUCUUAUUAGCUACCAAAAUUAUUUUUCAUUUCAGGGACCUCGCGGGGCACCUGGAGAGCCUGGCACUUGCGAGCACUGCCCCAUUCCUCGUACUCCUCCUGGAUAUUAA